AUGUCAAUAAAUGGAGUAAUUCUUAAACCAAAUUACCAACAAUUACUAAGAUCAAAUGAACUACCUUUUGAGAUAAGCUCAGACGGACUUGAGAAACUAAAAUAUAAAACAAAUACACCGAGGCAAAAUUUAUCAAUAGUACUGGAUAACCUAGAGGCAAAUUCGUCAAAUUUGAAAAUAUCGGCACAAGAUGGAUAUAUAUACCUUACUUCAAAACGACUUAUAUAUAUAACUUCUUCCCAAGGAGAUAUUGAAUCAUUUGUAAUUGAUUUGACCCUUGCUCCAAUUUUAAAGUUAAAUCAUAAAUUGGUUUCACCUUGGUUUGGUGCAAAUUAUUGGCAAUUUUUAUUUUUCAGUUCUAAACAACCUAGUAUUGCAAGUGAUGGAUUUCCUAAAGAGCAAUAUUUUAAAGGAGAGAUUAAGUUUUUAGAUGGUGGACUUUUUGAAUUUGUUGAGAAAUUAAAUUUAGUAUUAAAUGAUGUUGUUAAUAAUAAAGAUAUAGAUGAUGCAUUACCUGCUUAUAGUCCUACAUAA